CACCAUCACCAUCGAUCAUCACCGCAAGCAUUCGUUCAUCGGGUUUGUUGUUUGGGAGAUCGAGAAGGAGGUGCCGGCAGCCAUGGACAGGGCCAUCAACCGCACCUACGAGGAGUACACCCCCGCCGUCGAGUGGAGCCACUCCGCCGACGCCAGCUUCGUCAAGAUCAUCGUCCCAGGGUUUAAGAGGGAGGAGAUCAGGGUGCUGGUGGACAACCACGGCCACCUGCGGACGCGCGGCGAGCGGCCGGUGGAGGGCGGCAGGUGGAGCCGCUUCCAGAAGGACCUGCAGCUCCCCUCCGACUGCAACGUCGACGGCAUCCGCGCCAAGUUCGAGAACGAGGCGCUCACCAUCACGCUCCCCAAGAAGCACCCUUCGCCCCCGCAGCAGCAGGCCGCGCCCGUGCCCAUGCCGGCUCUGCCGGUGCCGGCGCCCAAGCCCGUGCCCGAGCCCAGGAGGCCCUACGCGGCGCCGUCCCAGAAGCCGCCGCCGGCGCUCCCGGAGCCCGCGAGGCCGGCCGCCACGGCGCCGCCCCCCGUCGUCCCUUCCCAGAAGCCCUUCGCCGACCGCAGGCCGUCGCUGCCCCGCAAGCCGGCGGACAUUCCCGCGCCGGCAAGGCCCGCGCCUCCCGUGCCCGCGCCGGCGCCGGAGUUGGAGACCCUGAACAAGCACAAUGGAGCCGCUGCCACCGCGAAGCCCGGGCUGCCCGCCUUCCCGAAGCCGACGGGGGAGUGGGUGAGGGAGGAGGCCAAGAAGCCGCAAGAGGAGGCCAUGGCGAGGAAACAGCAAGACGCGGCCGAGGAGGAGGAGAAGAAGCGGAUGGAGAGGGAGGCGAGAGGGAAGAUGGAGGAGGACAGGAAGACGGCGGAGGCGGACAAGGAGACGGAGGGGAUGAUGGACAUGGCGCGGCGGAGGAGGCCCGCGCCCGCCAACCGCGGGCUGCUGGUGAACGUGGCCGUGGCGGCGCUGGUGCUCGUCGGCAUCACGGUGUACGUGUGGCGCAACCUGAGCGCCGCUGCCUCCGGCGGGGGCGGGGAUGCCGGCGCCGGGAGCUACGGCGACGAGAUGUGAUCGAUCGAUCGAACAGUUGGCGCGAAGUAUAUAUUCGAGGCGUGGGAACGAGUGAGAGUUCAUACGUGUAAAAUGCAAGUAUAUAUAUGUAUGUAUUGUGGCUUGUUACAGAUUACAGAGCCAUGGUGGGUUGAUCAAACUUGAUGAAAUAAAAUGUGAUGCACAAGCCUUUAACUUU